AUGGGGGAACUGGCCUAAAUAUUCUUACUUAAAAUUAAGUUCUUAUAUUCGUAUGCUAAGAAAUGAGCCGCGUUCAGCAGAACAAUUGCUAAAUAUCGUUUUGUCAUUGAUUUGUUGAGUCUAAAAGUAAAAGUCAAUCACAUUCGAUUGCUACUAAGAGUUUGUUCUGCUGAACAUGUCCACUGCAAUCAACAAAUAUUCGUACAAAAACAGCAGUUUUUCAUUUUUCUAUGUUGCAGACAUAAAAUGAUAUUAGUUCAUCAUAUAUUACGACAUAAUGUUACACAUGCCGUUUUCACAUUCGCUCACUACCUUGAAAUCGUUAUUGGCUUUACGCAAAUUGCGUGACUGAUUAUUCUAGGAAUAAAUAAAGACAUUAACGGCGCUAUAGAUACAGCUAAAUAACUGGACAUUGAUUAAAUCAUGACGGUUGAUAAAACCGAGCCAAGAGGAUUUGUAAAAGUAUCGACCCCGAAUUUUGAGCCAUCAGAACGAUGGCGAAUUAUAAGAAAUAUUUUAGCGAUCAGUUGUGCUUUUAUGAUGAAUUUUAUUGCCUUUAUGGGAGCCUCGAAUUUACAAAGCUCUGUCAAUGCGGAUCAAUCACUUGGUACAUUUACUUUAUCGGCGAUUUACGGCAGUCUGCUCUUCAGCAAUAUUUUUCUACCCGCUCUCGUCAUAAGUUGGUUAGGAUGCAAGUGGACAAUGUCUGUUUCCAUAUUGGCUUAUAUGCCUUUCAUAGCUGCUCAGUUUUACCCAAAAUUUUAUACAAUGAUUCCCGCCGGAUUAUCCGUAGGAUUAGGCGGAGGACCGCUUUGGUGCGCAAAAUGUACUUAUUUAACUGUAGUGGCAGAAGCCUACUCAACUGUCUCGGAUAUAGCCGCAAAUGUUCUUGUCACAAGAUUCUUCGGUCUCUUCUUCAUGUUCUAUCAAAUGGCGCAGGUGUGGGGAAAUCUUAUAUCUUCAGCAGUUCUUUCUUAUGGAAUUGAAACGGUUACCAGAAAUGUCACUCUGAACAAUAGUAUUGUGGCAGAAAAAUGUGGUGCAAAUUUCUGUGGAGUGUCUGACAUAGAUCAAAAUCCGAAUCUGCAGCGACCUUCUGUAGAACGAAUAUACUUAAUUGCUGGAAUUUACUUAGGUUGUAUGAUAUUAGCUUGUCUAAUAAUUGCAUUCGGCGUUGAUUCCUUAUCCAGGUACGAUAGAAACAGAACCAGCACGGUGAAAGGAACGUCUGGAUUCAAACUUCUGGCCGUGACAUUAAAAUUAUUGAAAGAAAAAAACCAACUUUUAAUAUUGCCGAUAAUAUUGUUUAUCGGAGCUGAGCAAGCAUUCUUAUUUGCUGAUUACAAUGCAUCAUUCGUUUCUUGCGCUAAGGGAAUUAGCAAUGUCGGUUACGUGAUGAUAUGUUUUGGUGUCACAAAUGCUAUAGCCGCGCUCGCCACAGGAUCUAUCGUAAAGUUGACAGGAAGAAAGCCCGUAAUGAUUUUUGCUUUUUGUUUGCACUUGAGUCUUUUCUUCUUCAUGUUAAGAUGGAAACCGACACCAGAACAGGGCAUCAUCUUCUUUCUGGUGUCAGGUUUAUGGGGUGUGUGUGAUUCGAUCUGGCUGGUACAAGUUAAUGCACUGAGCGGUAUAUUAUUUCCUGGUCAAGAAGAGGCAGCUUUCUCCAAUUUCCGCUUGUGGGAAUCCACUGGUUCGGUGAUAACAUACAUAUACAGUCCGUAUUUAUGUACCUUUACGAAAUUAUACCUCUUAAUCGGAAUAUUGUGCGUUGGAAUGAUCGGUUAUGGCAUUAUCGAGUGGUCAGGUAAAAUAAAUAGAGUUAUUUCUAACGACAAGCCUGAUUUUGAAUUGGUUAAUAGAACUGACUAAUAAAUUUGGAUAAUAAAUUUUACUAACAAAAAGAUUAAGCGACAAAAAGCAGUGUUAUCAUAGAGUAGGUAUUUUUUUCUCAGUCAAUAACAAAGGAAAUUUUUAUCUUUUGAUGUUAUUUAAUACUAAAGUACUAAAAUAAGGGAAUUAUAAAGAUAUAUCUUUA